UUUCGUCUUUAUAAAUUCAUCAAGUCAAUCAUACUCUCGCACAACACGGUCGCUCCAAUUCUCUUCUAGACCCUUCGUUUCAGUUCUCCUUCUCUGUAAACUACAACUCUGCAAUGGCUACCGAUCUCGAAAAGAAAGCUAAAGAGGCCUUCAUCGACGACCACUUUCAGCUUGCAGUGGAUCUGUACUCCCAAGCCAUCGAUAUUAACCCUAAUAACGCUGAGUUAUAUGCUGACCGCGCUCAAGCCAACAUCAAACUCCUAAAUUUUACUGAGGCUGUGUCGGAUGCAAACAAAGCAAUUAAGUUGGACUCUUCAAUGCCCAAAGCCUACUUGCGUAAAGCCACUGCUUGCAUGAAGCUUGAGGAAUAUCAGACUGCGAAGGCAGCCUUGGAAACAGGUGCCACACUGUCACCGGGAGAAUCAAGAUUCACCAACCUAAUAGAAGAGUGCAAUGAGCGCAUAGCUGAGGAAUGUGGUGAUUUGCAAAAGGAUUUAUCAGAAAAGCCUCCAACAGAUGUAUCUACAAGAGAUGCUCAGCCAGAAUUGAACUUUCCCAACCAGGGGACAGUGAUACCAGUAGCCAAACCAAAAUUCAGAUUUGCAAAAGGAAGAGAAGGAAAGGAUAACAGAUUGAGAAUGAAGGUGAUUUAUCUCUCUAGAAUAGGGGACAACCUUGAUACAUUAAUCAACAGAUAUUCACAACCUUCAUAUAUUGGCCUGAACUUAUAUUUCAAAGGGAUACCAGCCAAAAAUGUUUCUGUUGACUUCGGUGAACAGAUACUAAGUGUUAGCAUUGAUGUUCCCGGUGAAGAGGCAUAUCAUUUUCAACCUCGCUUAUUUGGAAAGAUAAUACCCACGAAGUGCAGAUAUGAUGUGUUGUCUACCAAAGUUGAAAUCCGUCUCGCAAAAGCUGAACCAAUACAUUGGACAGCUCUUGAAUUCACCAAGGAAAAUCCAGUUUUGCAAAGGGUUAAUGUAUCAUCUGUUACUGGAUCUCAACGACCAACUUACCCAUCCUCAAAACCUACAAAAGAUUGGGAUAAGCUUGAAGCUCAAGUGAAGAAAGAGGAAAAGGAUGAGAAGCUAGAUGGUGAUGCAGCUUUGAACAAGUUUUUCCAAGACAUUUAUGCCGAUGCUGAUGAGGACACAAGAAGAGCCAUGAAAAAAUCUUUUGUGGAGUCAAAUGGGACAGUGCUCUCUACAAACUGGAAAGAAGUUGGUUCCAAGAAGGUAGAAGGAAGUCCUCCAGAUGGUAUGGAAAUGAAGAAAUGGGAGUACUAAACUCUCCAACUGAUUAUAAUUGUAAUUUAGAGUUUUGAUUUUUGGUCUGUGAAACUUGUCAGAACUUCUUGAGAGACUCCAUUUUAUUUUUUGUUGCUGGUUGUGCUCCAAUGUCUAGAUUUAAUCAUUAAAUACAUUUUCUUUUCUUUUGUUUAAAGGUUAGAUGUUUUCGUUGUGCUCAAAACUGGUCACUCCUGAAGCUUCAAUGGUGAACUUUUGCUUUUAAAUCUCA